CAGAAGAGGAGGAGACGCGCAGAAGGGUGUCGACGGUGAGAGGAGACAGGGGUGGAGGAGAGAGGCUCAGAAGGUGGGCGAAAUAAUAGACUAUACUAGUGUUAUUACAAGCUGGUAACAAUGGCUGCUAAAUCGGACGGGGUCCUGAAGAUGAAGAAGAGCGACGUGGCCUUCACGCCCCUGCAGAACUCGGAGUACUCCGGCUCGGUUCAAGGGCUCCACCCGGGCUGCCAGCCCGACUCCGCUGGCGCCGGGGACGCUGACUUCGUUAACGGGGAAUCGCGUUGUUGUGGCGGCGGGGGCUCCAACACGGCUUGUCUUCGCUUGGGCAGGGAGCAGCAGAAAUAUGCGGUCUGGGACUGCCUGUGGAUAGUCGCCGCAGUGGCCGUGUAUGUGGCCGAUGUGGGCACUGAUGUGUGGCUGUCAGUCGACUAUUACCUCCAGCAAGACUACUGGUGGUUCGGCCUGACACUCUUCUUCGUCGUACUGGGUUCCUUCUCGGUGCAGCUCUUUAGCUUCAGAUGGUUCGUUCACGACUUCAGCACAGAGGAGGCGACGGAAUCCGCCGCCGAUUGCUCGCACAUGGACGGUAAUAAGCUGCUGAGUGGCUCGGCCUCACACGCUGAUGUGAGCGCUCAGCAUCCCCCGACCACGCCGCAGAGACAGGCGUCGACCGCGAGUAAGAACACUACGACCAACAGCACCAACAGCACCGCCAUGGGAAGCCGGACUCGGAAACGCUCGGCCUCAUACUCCUUGUGUAUGUGGUGCUCUCAGUCUCUCAUCCACAUCGUCCAGCUGGGCCAGAUAUGGAGGUACCUCCAUACUAUUUAUCUGGGCAUUCGGAGUCGUCAGAGUUCUGACACUGACCGGUGGCGUUACCAUUGGAGGAUGAUCUAUGAGUUUGCAGACGUGAGCAUGCUGCAUCUACUGGCCACUUUUCUCGAGAGCGCUCCACAGUUGGUGCUACAAUUGUGCAUCAUAAUACAGACACACAAACUUCAGGCUGUGCAAGGUAUGACAGCAGCAGCCUCCCUCGUCUCCCUUGCCUGGGCCCUGGCCUCCUAUCAGAAAGCCUUGCGAGAAUCUCGGGAUGACAAGAAGCCCAUCACCUACCUAGCUGUCAUCAUUCAGUUCUGCUGGCACUUCUUCACUAUCGCCGCAAGGGUCAUCACCUUUGCCCUGUUUGCGUCCGUUUUCCAACUUUACUUUGGCAUCUUCAUCGUGCUACACUGGUGCAUCAUGACCUUCUGGAUUGUCCACUGUGAGACGGACUUUUGCAUCAGCAAGUGGGAAGAAAUUGUGUUUGACAUGGUGGUGGGCAUUAUCUACAUCUUUUCCUGGUUCAAUGUUAAGGAGGGACGGACAAGGUGUCGUCUUUUCAUCUACUACAUGGUGAUACUGGUGGAGAAUGCGGCUCUCAGUGCAUUGUGGUACAUCUACCGCUUACCUCACCCCACUGACUCCUUUGCUGUGCCAGCACUCUGUGUCAUCUUCAGUAGUUUCCUCACGGGGGUGGUUUUCUUGCUCAUGUACUAUGCUUUUUUCCAUCCAAACGGGCCUCGUUUUGGUCACUCGCCAAGCUGCCAGCGCCUUGAUCUGGAUGCCACGACUCAGUUCUCCACACUACCGUCUGAGGGUCUCACCAAUUCUCUGCGCUCCAACCGGGGAGCCACCACAACAUUAGAGCGCGACGCUGCAAAAUAUACGGAAAGGGAUGGUUGCAUGCCAGUGUUUCAGGUGCGACACACCGUGCCAUCUACGCCAUCAUCUCGUGCGCCUCGCCUCGAUGAGACCGUCAUCAAGAUCGAUCUCUGUCGGAACCGCUACCCAGCCUGGGAGCGCCACGUCCUCGACCGUAGUAUACGAAAGGCAAUUUUGGCCAUAGAUUGCUCGCUGACUCCUCCACGGCUGCAGUAUAAAGAUGAUGCCCUGGUACAAGAAAGGUUGGAGUAUGAAACCACAUUAUAAUGCUCUCUUAACCACCCAGCAGCCAGAAUCAGCAAAAAAGACUGUGGCACGUGACUCCCCAUUUCAUCUCUCUCCCCCUACUUUCCUCGUCAACUCAGUGACCUUCCAAUGGAAAAUCCAACGAUCAGAGGAGAGGUGAAGCUCAUCACUAUCUCCUUUGUAUUUCUACUUGUCUGGUUAUUUUUACUUGGGUUCAUCAGGGAAAUCCUGUGUGGUAUUAAAAAAAUGCAUAUCAACAGAGUACUGAAAAACUCAAAAACCCCAAGAGACUUACGUGACUUGGGCUGAGUUCAACAAAUCCAUCGGGAUAUCCUCAUCCCUCCAGGGUCCAAGUUUGAAGUCAUCUGAUGUUACACGUGUGUGACACUUGAAUUUCUGAGGAAAAAUUCCCUGAUUCCCUGAUUUAAAACUUGAAAAACUCAUGUAUGUCUUACUGUGCAGGUGUCCGCAUAUCAGAGAGUUCUGAUGACGUGAUGUUGUGGACACCUCUCAUCAAUUUCACAACAAUAUCUGUUCCCUUCUCCUAGUGCCAAAAUGUUUCCUUGGAAAUAUUGAAGAUGUGGAGCGCCUCAUACAGUAGAUGGCACAGUAGUCUCUCCACAAGUGCAGACUUUUAAUCGUCUUAGCUCAUUCUAGAAGAAGAAGGUCAAGUACUUGAAGACAAUGGUUAAAGUAGCACUUAUUUACAAUUGUCAAACCUGGCUGAAAGAAUGGGUGGAACAAAAAGUUGGACACAAAGAUCCACAGCCUCUCUCUCUCCAUCUCGCCGACUGCCAUGGGGGGAAAAAAAACUUCCUGGCACCUCAAGUCCACAAUGAAGAACAGCUUUCUACACUAAAGUGAGCUGAAGUUCCACCUUGUGAAGGACAGCAGCAGGAUUGAGGACUGUGGUGGAUGCCAUUUGAAAAGAAAUGACGCGUGGAGAAUCCAAAAGAUACAGCCAGGAAGGAAGCGCUUGCAACGCCAAAUCGAAGCAACCGGGAUGUACAAUACUUCUAUACAACAUGCAGCAUUUUCUUACCUUUUCAGAUCAGUAGUGGGUACUGAAGUCAUUGUUAUUCUUGUUCUGUAUGUCCAAAAGUCUUAGAUCACCAUUACAGAUGUUGUUUUAGUAAGUACUAUAAUACAAUGUCGGCGAGUAAAACACAGGCCUCAAACAAGGCCAAGCUGUGAAGAAAAAUAACUAAACUUAGUUAUCACCAACAAAGUUCUUGGUCAGCCCGUCCUUUACUCAUUUUCAUGAUGAUUGGUCAGCUAUUUUUUUUUUUUUAUCCGGUUCAGAUUGAUGGCUGCUGUAAAAAAACAAGAUCAUUAGAAGAAGAAAGCUCAAGGUGGCCUAAGACUUUGCACAAUACCGUGUGUGUCUGUGUGUGCGUGCGUGCGCGUCUGUACGAAUUUGUGUGCAAAUAUAUGGACCCCUUUAUGGCCUACGUCAUGAUGACGUCAGUGUAAGCUGGAGGCAAAGUGAAGUUGAAAUAUGCCAACUUGCGUUUUCAAGCAUGCUAAAUCAUUUUGCCUCCAGCUAAGCCACGCCCCCCCAAAAUGAUGCCACAUUGUUUACAAACUCAAAAGGGGGUUUAACUACUGUGACUUGCCAUGCCCCUUGUCGAAUUGAAUGGGAUGGUACUGCUGACUUGAAAAGACUUAAGAUAAAUAGGCCACAAGUUGAGCAGGUUGCCCCCCGGCCCUCUCACUUCCUGACUCCCACAGUGAUGAUAUUUGAAAUACAAUACAUCUUCCAGGGUCAAACAUAUAUGCCAUAGCAAACUUUUAAAUAUAGUUCAGGUGAUAAUUUAAGUAACACUUAAACAUUCCAUACUUUCCUCGUAUGGGAAUCUAAUGAAAAUUUCCCCAGACAUCUGGAAAAGCUACAAUAGGUAUCGUAGACAAAAUCAAGGAGGGAUCACUGCAUAUAGUGCAUUUCCACCUCUUUCCUAACUAUCCCAACCUAAAAAACACACACAUUCAGGGAAUGCUGGGAUGUUAAAGUAAGCACAUGAUCACACAAUGCGAUGUAAUUUUCUCCUUUAGUCAAAUACAGCCCUUACCCAAAGUAGCUUCCAUUUUUUAAAUGUUUUUUGCAAUUUAUACAAUAUUGUUAUUUUCCAAGAGAAAAGCACAACACAAGGCAAUUGGAUAAUCAGAAUGUCACUUUUGAUUUGAUUUGUUCAUUCGCGUGAAAGGUUGCAUCAUUUCAGCUUGUCAGUCUGAAUUUAAAUGUAAUAAUCCCACUGUCCAAGACAAAAAUCAUCAUAUCAUCAUCAUAUAGCUGACAUGCCCUAACCUACUUGAAUAUCUUCACUUUGUUAAACGUAAUGAUUUGUAUUCUAACAAAGACAAGGCAGAAGAGAAAGGCUGUAUGUAUUUUUAUUCUACUAGCUCAUAACGCAGGUUGAAUUUUCCUGAGUCUUUCAUUUUUUUCUCUCUGGUUUUUGCCCAAUACUGUUUGUUUUGCAAACAUUUCAUUUGCUUUUUUUUCCCCCACAACCAACCAUAACCAAUGUGUCUUGUGUGUGUGUGUGCAUAAUGUGUUGUGGAUCCCAUGAUGGUAUUGUUGUGGGACAAUGUUGGGCGAACAUUCAUACUCCCCAGCCAUUUCUUUUUUUUUAUUACUUUGUGACCACAUGUUCGAACAUGUACAGAAGAGCAUUAUAGGGCCAGUGAAGGAAAGAAAAAAAAGGGGUGGGUGCCAGGAUUCUGACAUUUUUUCCCAGAAUUCUGAUUUUAAAGUGAGAAUUCCCACUUUGAAGUCAGAAUUCCGAAGAAUCGUGAUUAUAGCAGGUCAUGGGGAAGUCGGGAAGUUUAAUUAGUAGACAGUGCGCAGUUAGUUUGUCAUGUCUGGCUGUAACUUGCUGUUGUGCUAUGCGUUGCAGUAAUUAGACCAUUUAUUCAACAAUGGUUCGUAAUUCGCGUCCAUGCGUGCGACAGUAUGGUCUGAGUUGCAGACCAUAUUGUCAAUUUACCGUUGACAUGAAGCUACCUCAGUACAUUCAGUUAAUGAGUACCUCCUCAUCUUCAUCACAUCCACCCAUUUUAGUCCUGACAGUGUCCUGCUUAUAUAACAUUUCAUUGUAAAGCCAAUGUUGCAAUGCUUACAGUGCAUACAAAUGAUUGCAUUAUAAUUGUAAUGUGCCAAACUGAAACCUCAAAAGUCCCAUUGGAAAUUGAAGUAUGAUUACUUAUUCUAAGGCCUUUUCAGCAUAGUAAAAACACAAAUCAUACAAAAACUGUGACAUUGCAAUUGAGCCAAGGUUUGCUGGCGUGUUUCCAUAAUGCAGAGUGUUAGAUUGUUUGGUAUAGCAACAGCCUAUCUCAAUCUGUCAGAAAAAAGAUUUUCAAUUUUCCAAUCAUUUAUUUGUGUAGACAAAUUAGUAAUCAAAAGAAUAACAAAAAUAUUAACACAAGUUAAUGUGUAAAAGACGAUCAAAUACUCAUUCCCAUACAAUUUCAAGGACUGUUCAUUUCAAAAUGAAAUGAUUUGAUUCGUUUGGUUGGAUCACAAUUUGAUUCAGUAUUGUACGGCAUACAUUUUACACUUGACAAUAUUGUAAAUGUGGCAUUUUCUUCAAAGAUCACUUGUUAAAAUCCGAUGCACUCACAUAUUGCGCAUCAUUGACGGAUGGAUGGAUGGAUAUCUUUUAGCAGGAAAAGAGGUCAAAGUAUAUCUAUUAAACAAAUAAUAAUCACUUUAACAAGGUAUGAAUAAUUUGGCCGACUCUAUGUGUGUGUUUAUAUCAAGGUGCAUAAGUGUAACUGUUCAUAAUUUUUUUUGUCUGGACAGCAGGUUGGGUGCAUGUCCAGAAAAUGGCGAACUACUUGGAGGUUCUUUCUAAUCCCCACCUUGCAAUUUAGUGGAGAUUGUGGUAUGUGAGACAUUGAUUAAAACAAAACAACAAUUUAACAGCACCCCACUCACAUUGGUGUCGCGUGAUUAUCCUCUCGAUACAGCAACAGACUUGCUAAAAACCAUAAUGAAAGUGAGUGACUCUCUUAGUUUUGAUGGACAUGUUAAAACCUGUGCAGUAACAUCUAUUUUAGAUUAUUCAGCACACGAAUAAAGGUAAAAUCAAGUUGCUUAUCCUGUCACACACUUGUAUGAGCAUCCUGUUCAAGUGGCUUGGUUGACAGUUGGAUGAUACCACGUACUAAAUGAAUAUCGGAAAUGAUGAGUUUAGAGCUUAACUGUAAAUAAACAUAUGCAAAAUGUACAUGUUUAAAAAUAGGACGUUCCUAUCUUGAGUUCUGACUGUGAAGGGUUUGACGCCAAAAGGUUGGCUCUAAUUAUGACAAUAUAAAGUACUUCAGAGAAUAAAACAAUAUGUGUGGUAUAUGUGGUGUAUUUUCAGAAAAAAAGAAAUGUUUAAGAAAAAUGGUAAAUUGCAUUCUGUGAUUAAAUUCUGAAGUGCUAAACUGUAGGGGGACGGUGUUCUAUGGACGAAGAAUACAUUAAAUUAAAAAAAAUAAAAUCCAGAGUGAUGAUCAAAACAUUUUUGUACAUAUGGAGUUUUCUUUUGUAAAUUUUUAUUUGAAUCUAAUGCAAACUACCAAAAUGUAUUUAAUA